CAAGAAUUUUCUUUUUGUCUCCUCCAGCUUCAAUGUGAUGUGUGUCAGCCAGUGUUUUCUAUUCUUUUGAAAAAGUAAAGUGGUUCAAUUUCGAGGAUUUUUCAGUGACUUCAAGUGACCCGUUGACAACUAUUAUCAAGCAGAAACCACACGCAUAACUCCACAUUUUUCCACGCUCAUUUUGAUGUUCUUCUCAACUCGACCCACCAAGAGUCAACUUACUAUGUUUUCCUACCCAGUACCUUCUUCACUACCUGUUAGAUCGGAACUUUGAGUCGGAUUGGAUAUUAUGCGUCAGAGAAGUAAAUCUAAAGCUUUCACAUAGAAUCGGGAAUGUUUCGUCUCCAGGAAGUAUGGGCUCCCAACUCAAAACUUGGCCUAGUCCCGUAGAAUUUUCUAUUAACAGCAAGAAAACGAGUGGUGAUUACAAAGGUCCGGUCCUUCAAGAUAUAAACAUGCCUUUGUCUCGUAAUCAAUCUGUGGUCAAUAAUGUAAACGGUGCGUCUUGUAGUGUUCCAAAUGAAGAAUACACAGAGUCGAAAGAUCAUCUGCCCCCAUUGAAGUACGGUAUCAAUGAUGACUUCAACAACAUGUGCGUCAAGAGCACUAAUUCCUGUACAACUAACACAACCCAUCAAUCUUUACCUCUAGUUAGUUCUUCUGAGGAUGCUCAAAGUUGUGUACCGUUCAAGAAUGGCACAAAACUGAAAACAAUGGUAGCCACACCAGAACAAGUUGUAAAAAUGUAUAUUAACAAACUUACUCCGUAUGAAUUGCUUGAAAUCUACACUUACCCGCAGAUAUACUUCAUCGGAGCAUCUGCAAAGAAAAGACCUGGCAUCGUAGGAGCUCCAAACAACUGCAGUUAUGAUAAUGAACAGGGAUCUUACAUUCACAUUGCGCAUGACCAUAUAGCAUAUCGAUAUGAGGUGCUGAAAACUAUAGGCAAAGGCAGCUUUGGACAGGUUUUAAAGGUCUACGACCACAAAAAUCAUGAACAUGUUGCACUCAAAGUUGUCCGAAAUGAGAAAAGAUUCCAUCGGCAAGCUCAGGAAGAAAUUCGAAUCUUGGAACACCUUCGGAAUCAAGAUGAAGACAACACAAUGAAUAUUAUUCAUAUGUUCAAUAGUUUUACUUUUCGUAAUCAUAUGUGCAUAACGUUUGAGCUAUUAUCUGUGAAUCUUUAUGAGCUCAUAAAGAAAAAUAAGUUUCAAGGAUUUAGCUUGCAACUUGUUCGGAAGUUUUCUCAUUCUCUCCUUCAAUGUCUAGAUGCCCUUAACAAAUUUAAAAUAAUUCAUUGUGAUCUGAAACCGGAAAACAUUCUUCUCAAGCAGCAAGGACGAAGUGGGAUCAAGGUGAUUGACUUCGGCUCCAGUUGUUACGAGAAUGAAAGGGUGUAUACCUACAUUCAGUCUAGAUUCUACCGAGCUCCUGAGGUGAUUCUUGGAGUCAAGUAUGGAAUGCCCAUAGAUAUGUGGAGUUUUGGCUGUAUACUUGCUGAAUUAUUAACCGGAUUCCCAUUGUUACCAGGUGAGGACGAAUCAGAUCAAUUCGCAUGUAUCAUUGAGCUUCUUGGACUUCCUCCAAAAGAACUCUUAAGCGCUUCAAAAAGAACUCAAAUUUUUAUGAAUUCAAAAGGUCACCCUCGGUAUUGCAGUAAAACUGUUUUGUCAAACGGUAUGACCUUAUUAGGACCAGGAACCUCGCGCCGAGGCAAAACUCGAGGCGCACCAGGCUCGAAAACUUUCUCUGGCGCAUUAAAAGGAUGUGAUGAUCCCUUGUUCCUGGAUUUUAUUCGCCGAUGUUUGGCAUGGGAUCCAGCAGAGAGACUGACACCAGCAGCUGCGUUAAGGCAUCAGUGGCUGAGAAGACGCUUGCCUCGACCACCUCCAACUCCAGGAUCAGCGAGCUUACGAACGGUAACUGUUUCAGAGUCCCACCACAUUGCCAAGCUGCCUCCUGUGUCCUAGCCUCCAUCACCUAGCUCACAGUCAGCAUUCACCCAAUGAUCUCCGACUGCUUUGACUUAGCUAAGUCAUAUUUUUUUAAUAUCCGUAAGCUUGAAUUGCUUAAUUUUCCAUUGUUCCCUUACUUUGUUUUAUAAUUUUUUUUCCUCUCUCUCUCUCUCUUCCUUUUUUUUCUCCCUUCCCAUUUCAUGUUGAGUCACUGAGUCACUUAGUCAUUUUAUAAUUAAAUAAAUAUGACUGAUCAUUUUAAAUGCUAGUUUGUAUUCCUUUGUGUAAAGUAUUCUGCAGUACUUUUAACCAUAUUGUAAUUAUUGUACAUUUUCAACUUAUCGAUAGUGUGUAAUGAUUGUUUAGCUCAUGACCAGCACUUAUUUUCGCUUGAAAAUCAAAGUGGUAGAUUUCAAAACAUUGCAAAAAAUUGAGAGAUAAAAAUUCGAAGGAAAAAAACAAUAAAAUCUUACUUGAGGGAGAAAUCGGUGGCUAGUUAGGAAAAAUUUUCUGUCAUUUGGUAGCCAUUAUUCCAUAAUUGAAUCAGUGAGAAUGAAAAUACACCAACUCGGAAAAAUGAAAGUGUUCAAGAGACACAAAACACUGCACAGUAGGUGAAUAAGAUGGUCCUGCAAAAAGCUUUUUGGUGCCAAAGGACAAGCAUUUUGGGACUUUUUAAAGGCCCAAGUUGACAUAGAUGCGUGGCUUUCAACGGUUUUUUUCUUAACUUGGGCAUCUUAAAUGACAUUUUGGCAUUUUAAGUUUCCAAGAUGGUUCGUUUUCAUUCUCACAGAUUCAUUGUCUUCUUCCUUGUUUUUAAACUGUUAGAGUGAGUUUGUCUCCUUGCACACAUUCACACAAUUUAUCUGACAAAUUUUAUACUUUCCCACAAUAAUUUGUAUACUUGUUCCUAGUCAUGUGUUGAUAGCUUUACUGGCCCCCAACUCAUCAAUCAGUUGAUAUUUACUGUCCAAGAGUAUUCGAAUCGAACAGCUAGUUCAGCUUUCUGUAAGCAUUUUUUAUAACAUUUAUUUUGAACUUGAACCCAACCUCUUGUCUUAUAGACUUUAUGAUUUUGAGCAUUUACUAUCCCUAAUUAGUAUACUGAAUAUUGAAUCCUCUCAUAUUAUUAGUAACGACUUUAAUUUUGCAUUUCCUUCCAGUGUUCUUUAAUUUUAGGUGCUGCACACAAUCUUACUACAUAUUAUCUGAGUCGAAUAAGACUCAGUUCUAAUGUUUUGACUGAGGAACUGCAAUUUCAAUUAGUGAUAAAAUUUAACUGAUUUAAGUCUGUGCCCUUCUCUUGCUUCAUAAUUUUAAAGUUCUUACUUAAUUUAGCUGAAAACGUAUCAAAAUAUGAUUCCAUCAUGAAGAAUUCCUCCAUGGUUGGUACUCGAUUGAUAGUUCCCUGCGUGGCCCCCCAUGACAUUUUGUUGCUCGAAUUUCUUUCACUGUAAUUUCGAACUCAGCAUUGCCGGAAUGCACAUCCCCCCCCCCAACUCUUAAAGAAAAGAAGUAAAGCCUUACUGCUGUGCUAAGGAAAAACGCUGUGCGAGCCUUCAGAACUUGCUUAAUUUCCUUUGACUAAUCACGAAUUUUCUGGAAAAUUGGUAAAUAUUUUGCCUCUGGUUUUCAGAAAAAUGUGUUCAUAAUUUGAUCUAAGAUGUCUGAAAAUUUCAUGGAAAAAUAUUCAUAACGCUUGUCAAAAAUAAACCUUUUCUGAGAGGAAAUUUGGCAGCAUUCAAGUGCUCAUACAGCGUUUUUCCUUAGCAAGGUAGCACAGCAAUUACUGAAUUCUCACUGUAUUGGAUAUCUAUGAAAUGUAACAUAACCCCUCUCUGAACCCUCCAAGUUGAGAUGUAUCAAACAUCAAUCAGAUCAAUGUAUGCAGUCUUGUGUAAAUCUUUUCUAAAGUAUGAUUUACACUCAAUUUUCUACAUCUCCUAAAAGAAGAAUUGGAGGAAUCGAGUAGGUCGAUUUCAAAAAUCAUCAAAUUUUGAUGAACUUGGUCAUCAUAAUCUCUUAUGAAGGAUUCGAGAUACUAUUGCAUGUCUGGGAAGCCCUUACUGGACAGUUUGCUAGUUUUCUGGAAAAUAGGUCAAUCUUAGGGUAUUUUUGGAAACAAGAAAAAGCUUGAAAGAAACUCGUGGAAUUUUAAUUAUUCUCAAAACCUUCGUCAAUGAAAGGUGUUUAUCUGAGUUUUAUUGCCAUAAAUUGUAUCUCCAAUCCCUUGUUUAGAAUGGCUCAGAAAUCCAGAGGGAAUUUCUCAUGGUUUUUUAGCAACCUGGCAACCUUGGUACGAUGCAAAGUCUGAACCCUUUUUGCUCUAUUUCUGCUGUAUGAAAAUUUAGCUGUUGCCAAAUUUCUUCCAAUGAGACAAACAUUAAUUUAUUCAUAGGAUACAUUUUUCUGCACAUUCAUUCCUUGUAAAAUAUCCGUGAUUGCAAAGCAUUUGCAUUCUUUAAAAUUUCCAAGAAAAAUAUUUGUUCCAUUUCUCAAAAAGAAAUGUUUUAUCAGACCAUAUUUGUCAACAUAUUAGUGCUCAUAACAUAUGGACUUCAUUUUGCAAUUCAGAACUGUAAUUUCUAGCACAUUUGUAAAAACACUUUUGUGCAUAAGGAAACUAACGGUACACACGUUGUUUCAAACUGAGCCAGAAAUUGCAGUUCCAAAUUGCACAAUGCAGUCCAUACAGCGUUUUCUCAUAGCAUGGCAGAAUUAGGGAAAAAAUAAAUGGGAGAAAGCAUAGUAAGAAGUAGAGUAUAUAAUAUUCAAGCCCUAUCUUUUGAGCAUAUUAUUGAGCCAUCAUUUUUCAAUCUCUUCCUCUCUUUUUCUAAGUCAGGUACCCAAGAAUGGGGAAGGGCCUUAAAUGAAUGAGUUAGUUAUUUUGUCGUGUGUUUAUAAAUACAAUGAGGCAAGUCUCCAGUUCUGAUCGGUCUAUUUCUAGCUUAUUGUAACACUUUCUCGAUGAAAUUACUUGCACUGUGGCCACUCAGAAUAACAACAAAUCAAAUGUGCUGAAUUUGAUUCUCUGCCAAUUUAACCAACAUGGAGCGUGUAUCAAGCCCUCUAUUGAGUCUAUUAGCCUUGCAAAAAAAUAAAAAGAGUCAAUGAACCAUUCUUUCACAACAAAGGCAUUCUCUCUGAACUUCCUUGUUUUUUCUCUCCCAUUUAAAUUCGAGCUCAUGGAAUCAUAAGAUAAAAAACGCAAUCCUUGCUGAAAUCUAAUGAUGAAAAAGAGGGGGGGGGGGUAGGCUCAAUGCUCCAAAUAUUUCUCAUUUCAGUGUUAUCCAGGAUUGCCAUUCUUGAAGAAAAAUGAUACAAGAAAAGAUAAUGAGAAGAACUAUCAUCCUCAAUCUUUCAUAAAAUACUCCUCAUUCAAAUUUGCACCAGGGUUGUCAAAGAUAUGGGAAAAUAGGAACUUCAUGGAAACCCUUCAGAAGUCUCUAUAAAAUUUGAAAAAAAAAUUGACUUAUUUCAAAGACUCAAGGCUGUAUUCAAGUCUUUCCUUAAAAAGCUCCUUAUGCCACAGAGGCCCCAUGUAGUUCAUGCUGUCAUAAGAAAGUGAAAGGAAGCCUGGAACGCAGAAUCAUAAAAGCGACAUAUCUUGCAAACCUCAAGUAAAUUCAGCAGUAUACCUCUGAAAAUAGACCCCAAGAAGGAUUGCAAUGAUUUGCUGCUACAAAAAAUACAAACAAAAAUAUACCACAAAUUUUGUAAAAUAUAAGGUAGGUUGGCACCUACCGUUAUGUUUAUCAAAAUUGUGGAAAUUUUUCUUCCGUAUUUUGCUAUUUUUGCUGUAGCAAAUCAUUUUAAUCCCUUUGGGGGAUCAAUUCCCAAACUUUUACUGCUGUAUCUUACUCCCAAUUUUAUGUUGCUAUGUUCUAAGUUUUAUAUAACCUCCCUUAAAGACAGUGUAAAUUAUAUGAAAAAGAGCCGUCAGAAGGAAGACUAUGAAAACAGCCCUUAAUAUCUCUUCAAAUAAACCGUUUCCAGAACAAAUACCUCCCUUCCAAUUCGAUUGAUCUGAU